UCAUCCCUUGUAUUGAGUGGUUUAGAUGUAAGCUUUUGGUGGCAUUGUAGCCGUUAGAUCUAGGAUAGUUUGGUAAUGACUAGUUUUAUAAUGCUACAGAGUCUGUAAGAGAGAAGGAUCAAAAAUUAAUGAAAAGAAUCAGAUCGUUUCAAUCGAUCAAACCGUGUUCGCUGAACCGGGAGGCUUGAUCCGGGAGGAUCUUGACGUUACUACUAUCUCUAUCCUAUUCUUGUUGUGAAUCUCAUCUAGGUUCAUAACAAUUGGUAUCACUCAGACGAUCUUCUUCAUCAUCUACAAUGACUGCAACAAUUAAAGAUGUGGAUAAUAAAGCAGUUGAGCUGAAAAAUAUGCUACAGAGGCUCACGAACCUUCAUAUCAACAAUUCUGAAGAACGUAUUGCAGCUGCCAAGAUUCAAACAGAAAUAUUGAACUCACUGAUUGCUACCAUCAAUGCUCUUAACAUAAAUCUACAAAAAUCUAUUCCUCUCACCUCCGUACCUCUUGAACCUGAUAACACAGAAUCAACCCCAGUUGAUGCAGAUUCAGUAAGGAAUUUCACUCAGAGCUCUUCCAUUCCGUCAGAAGACGAAGCAGAAGAUGAUUUAGAGUUGAUUACUCCUUAUUUAUUUGAAGAACAAGAUGACUCUAUAGAUCUGGAAUUGAUUCCUUCUUACUUCUUUGAGGAAGAAAACGAUGCAGAUACUGUCGAUUCGCUCAUUCCCUUGUUUUUCUUCCACGAGAAGGAUUGGCAUGAUAAGUUGAAUGUUCAACCAAAAGAGGUUUUGAGUGAUAAGGUUACUGAGGAUAAACUCAUGAGCUUACAGUAGUCGGUAUUGCAAAGUACCGCGAUUUGUUGGAUAGUGUGCUUGGAUAUUUACUUUGGGGUUUGAGUCAAUGUGAAGAUGAUAUAGCGAUGGAAUUUCAUCGUCUUUUACCGGCUCGAAAAGUUGUUCCCUGCAUUGAAGCAAUUCGAGUUCUAAUCAAUGGACAGGAGCAUGUUGUGCUGCAAAUUCCACUGAGGGAGUUUAUAUUUCUUCUGUUGUUACAUUUCUCCAUUCCCACAGUGGUUAGUUUUCAUUCUUAUCUCUAGAACACAGUCUUUUGUCAGCACUCUCCAUUUCUCAGAUGUGAAGCAAUUGAGAGAUUGGUUUUUCUUGAGGAAAUUCUACAUCCCUAUUGGAAUUGUGUGUACAUGCCAUACCCUGCUCAGCAUCUUAAUUCUGGUUGCAACCAACUGUUGGGUAUGUACGAUUUUGAUUUUUCUCUGUGCCUAAUUCCACGUUGUAUUUGUAUGUGGAGACGGGUAUAUCAUACAUGGAAAGGUUAUAGCUGGACUAAAAUUUCUAUAAGAAAGUUGGGGACUCAGGUCGUGUUAAUAGUGAAUCAACAAUUAGUUGUGGUCAAAUUGUUGGUCUACUUAAGCUGGAAAUAUAAAUUACUUAAUUCGGAGAAUUAUGAAAGCCUAGCCAUUCGAGAAGAAGAAGCGCAGUUGCACUUCGAUUCUGUCAAGUUUGUUCUCCAAUCCCUUUCAUACACUCAACAUGAUUCUAACUCUUGUGUGUGGAUGUGGAUUUUGACUAGUGCUGUUUGUUUCUUUAAUUAUUUGUGUUAUCCUUAUUCCGUAUUUGACCGUGGGAAGCGGCUUGCUAACUCAGAUUUAAGGUAUGAUAAUGGAAGCCUUGUUUCUGAGCUGGAUUUAAGACCAGGGUACAGUUCAGAAUUUCAGUUUCGGUUUCUGAUUGUGUUUCUGUUGGUUAAUUAUGGUGGUAGUGGUGGUGGUGUUAGGCUGUUUCUAGAAAUUUCAUACUUAUAUAUUGGACGUGCGAGUAUUUUCACAUCGCAAUGGAUAGAAGUGAUGAAAUUUAGCAAGACGUUUAAUUUUUUUGGUCUGGUGCCUGUUCAGGAAGAAGCACAGAUUUUCUCAUUGCAUUCUGGUUUCCUCGAGCUUAAGGGGGUCUGUAUGACAUUACAUAACUUGUCUUACCUAUUGAUAGGAGUAUUUAAUUCAGCUGGUUAUUAUGUGGGGAUCCAUGGCCUUUCUCUUAUGGUGAGUCUUACAUUUUUUCUAAGAAGUUUCACGCUUUUCGAAGACUACUUAUGGGUUACAGUGUAGUAUGUGAUAAUGGUUCCAACUGAGUUUUUGGAAGCUACAAAACUGGGAGUUGAAGUACUUCAGGACCUUAAAGAGGAGUUCUUUAUCCUUGGGGCCAAAUGUGUAUUCAUGGUGCUUCACAUUUUACAGAUGUUGAUCUGGAUUGAUUACUGGAAGUGGGAAUUCAGCUUGUUUGAUCUGGGCGUAUCGAGUGCAAGAAGUUUAACGGCUUAUAAGAAGUUUUACUAUGCAACAUUGGUCAUCAUUAGCUUGACGGUUCAUCUUUGCCUGAACAGCGCGGACUACAUACAACUAAGAGUUCAGUGUGCUACGACAAACGAAAUGUUGGCAAGGCAACAGACAACAAGGUGUCAUCAUGUCCCUAUGAUGAGAGUGGAGCAGGCCCAUAUCAUAUCGAUGACACAAAGCCAGCAACAAUCUUCCCCUUGUCAAGUUAACAAGCCUUUGUUUUUCUCGACUUUCAUCCUCGAGGACAAGGAUGUUCUGAAGGGGAUGGUAUUUGUUAUGUCCCAAGCCUUGGAAGAGGGUGCCCAUAUCAUUUCGAUGACGGUAUUUAGCGUAAUCAGCAAAGUUGGUAGCUUUUAGUUGUUGUAGGGGUGUCUUCAUCCCUUGUAUUGAGUGGUUUAGAUGUAAGCUUUUGAUGGCAUUGUAGCCGUUAGAUCUAGGAUAGUUUGGUAAUGACUAGUUUUAUAAUGCUACAGAGUCUGUAAGAGAGAAGGAUCAAAAAUUAAUGAAAAGAAUCAGAUCGUUUCAA